AAAAAUCAUGUUAGAACUACAAGAUUUCCAUUACACAAUAAUGGUUUUUACAAGCACGUGGGAAAAGCUUGCUAUAUAACCCUAGGGCACUCGAAAGAAACUUCAAACGACUCUUCACAUACCUAGAAGACUCUAAAUAAACAUUGUAUUAUGUUAUAACAUCUUAGCCAUGGCCUCUCUUCAGUUACCAACCUGCACUUCACAUUUUUACGCAAAUUCUACCGCAGCCGAAAAAUCCUCAGCCACCCGGUUUUUGUUAAACCGCCCAAACCGUAAACAUAUAAAUUUUAGGAAAACAUUGUCAUGCAGAGCUGCCAAAGAACAAGAAGACGAGAACAAGGCGCGGAGCGAGUCUAAAUUGGACCGGAGAGAUGUGCUUGUAGGUCUGGGAGGCUUAUACGGUUCAGCUGCGGUGCGUCAAGACGCGUUCGCCGCACCUGUGGACGCGACGAAUUGUAGCACGGCAGGCACUUUGCCGAGCUGCACGAACGUGAAAGAUCAAAAAUGCUGCCCUCCCCCGAAUCCGAACAUAAGUGAUUAUGUUCUGCCCGAAUACAGAUCCUUGCGGACUAGGCCAGCGGCUCAUUUGGCGAACAGGAAGUAUGUUGAGAAGUAUAAUAAGGCGCUGAAAAUUAUGAGAUCUCUGCCGAAUGAACAUCCGCAUAGCUUCGCACAACAAGCUGCGAUUCAUUGCGCUUAUUGUGACUCCGCUUACGAAAUGGUUGGCUUCCCGAAUGCGAAAAUCGACGUCCAUUUCAGCUGGCUGUUCUUCCCGUUUCACAGAUGGUACUUGUACUUUUACGAGAGAAUAUUGGGAAAACUCAUCGGGGAUCCGGAUUUUGCGAUACCGUAUUGGAACUGGGAUGCGAAGGCCGGGGUCUCGGUUCCUGACAUGUUCAACAAUCGGGACUCUCCGCUCUAUGAUAAACUACGGAAUGACGAUAGCCAAUUAAAGAUGGAUCUCAACUACGAUUAUAAGGAUGCGGCGAACUAUGUAAGUCCUGUCGGCAAGCAACUUAUCGAAUCGAAUAAGAGUUUGAUGUAUACAUCGAUGGUGAGUGCGAGGACUCCUACAUUGUUCUUUGGACAAGUCUACCGUGGGGGAGAUGCUCAGAUUAAUGGACCUGGGACGAUAGAGAGACAACCACAUACCGCGGUGCACGUACUAAUGGGGGACCGAAACCAAAUUAAUGGAGAGGACAUGGGACGAUUCUAUUCGGCUGGUCGAGACCCAAUCUUCUAUUCUCAUCAUGCGAAUGUGGAUAGAUUGUGGAAUAUUUGGAAGCGCCUCCCGGGCAAAAAUCGCAAAGAUUUCGAUCAGACUGAUUAUUUGGACUCGGCUUUUCUGUUCUAUGAUGAGAACGAGAAGCUGGUGAGAGUCAAGAUUCGAGACUGUCUUGAUUCUUCGAAGCUGGGAUACGAUUACGAGAAAGUUCCUCUCGAAUGGCUCAACUCUCGGGCACCACGGAAGGCACCUCGAAAGAAGGCCGGGGUGGCGAAUGCUGCGGAAGUCUUCCCCAAAGCGGACGAGGUCUUUCCCAAAGUGCUGGACGGUUUGAUUAAAGUGACCGUUCCAAGGCCUAAGAAGUCGAGGAGCAAAGAGGAAAAGGAGGACGCGGAGGAGAUAUUGGUGAUAGAUGGAAUUGAGUAUGAUGGAAACGAGUAUGUUAAAUUUGAUGUUUAUAUCAAUGACGAAGAUGAGAUUGAGAGCGGACCUAACAAUGCAGAGUUUGCUGGAACGUUUUCAAAUGUACCUUCCGUAUCUAAGUUAAGAACAAAAGCUUCUCUUACUUUCGGGAUUAAUGAGCUUCUGGAAGAUUUGGAUGCUGAUGGUGACGAAACUCUGGUGGUGGCUUUGGUUCCGAGAACCGGCAAAGGUAAAGUUACCAUUGGCGGAGCUAGGAUUAUCAUCUCUUCUGAGUGACUCCAUCUAUGACUUAUCUAAGCUAGCAGCUAAUAAAAACAAGUCCUACAUGUAUUGAGUGCUUUGUAUUCCUGGUUAGUUUGAGCUCUAUCUCGGUUUUUCGAGCUAUUGAAUAAAUGUCAUAAUUUUUUUA